UUGACACAAGGAGAGGUUCGUAAUAAAAUAUUUACGGCCUUCAUAAACCAACGUCAUAAAACCCAAUAAGUUUUGUUGCUUGUAAAUGUUUGUUCCUUUUGUCGUGUAAUUUGUUUCCGGAACUUGCAUGACACGGGAUCGCUACUUGGAAUCGUGUCGUGUCGUCACGACAUCCAGAAAGCACCCCGCAUUACGUAAACGUAUUUCAUGCAACGCUAGCCUUACUCCAGUUUUCCGAGUCAAUUUAAUUCGUCCUGAAGAAGCAGGGAGUUCAGUUCCCUAAAACGUCAUCAUUGCAAGUAGAGUUCAGCAAGCGAAUGGUAUGUGAGUACAGCAAACCCGUUCUGCAAACUUGCAUUCACGAAAUUGAUAUAUUUUGGAGUCACAGACCAAUUUAAUGCGAGGCUUAAUCCGCCUUAAAGGACACAGAAAAUCAAUCAGGGGCUGAACGAAUUUCAUCAGCUGAAGAAACCGAGAAGGGCGUGGCCCCAAGACGGAAGAUCUCACUGAAUCAUCAAAUGCAAAGAUUACGCGAUUGCGUCAUGACCACGGCGUUCGUGUUUCAGAGGCCCGCUCCAGAAAGCAGCGUCAACAAACGUCCGAGGCAGAUGCCUCGCCGCCAUCCGGGUCCUAGGGGGCGCGCAGCCGCCCACAAGAACUCCAAGAGGACAUUUUGUGGAACGGCCUUAGAAUUCGUCGCCUUGUUCUUAGGCCAGUCUUCCAUCCACGGUCUGAACCACCUUGUGGCAGAAAAGAGAACUUUGCUAGAACGUUUCGUCUGGUCGUCCAUCGUCGUCCUGGCGAUCUUCGGGUCAGUCUGGGUGAGCUUUGACAUCUGGAGACACUACGACGGCAGUCCGUCAGCCAUCUCCAUGGAGAGGAACUUCAUGGACUGGACCACGGAUAUGCCAUCCGGCACGCUGUGCCCGUCGGACAGAGUCGACGAGGAAAAGUUGGAAGCCUACGUCGACAGCCUGAAAGACGUUGAGGAUAAAGAGAAGGUGAAGAAUUUCUUGCGGAUGCUGGCCAGUGCAACUUACGAAAAUUUCAAGGAUAUGACAGACAUCCCGAAAAAUCCCAUCAAGAGCGACGAGUACUUGAAAGCGAUACUAGAGAUAAGGAAGGACCUGCAUUACCAAUAUUUUACCUCUGACGCAUCGCGGGAUCCCAACAGCGUGGCCAACGUGGUCAGCGUGACGGAGCUGGGAGUCUGUUACACGUACAACACACGUGUCGCAAUUUACAACAACCCAGACUACUGGGCACAAAACAACUGGUCCAUUGUCCCAUAUGACACGAACAAGAAGCUCCAAGGUCAUCCAGUCACUGGCCCUAUGAAACUGAACCUUAUUGCCAUAGAAGGAAAAGAUGUGAUGUUCUACUACCACAGUCCAUAUGACGUGCUGGAUGCAUCCAACACCAAAGUGAGCAUUCCUGAAGACAAGAUCCGGACCGUACAAGUCAAGGCCCUGUCCACCCACACAACUGCAGAAGCACAAGCACUCAGCAUCAAGCAGAGGAAAUGUCGCUUUCCUGAUGAGAACGACCUAAGAACCAGCCCCGUGUACACAUUCAACUUCUGUCGGAUGGAAUGCCGCAGGCGAAUUGCAUGGAGAAAAUGCAAAUGCAUUCCUCACUUCUAUCGCAAGACAGGACGAAUCAAAGUUUGUGACGUACACGGAAUGCAGUGUCUGGGAAAGUACUCAGAACUACUGACCAAGCUCGUGGACCCAAUAACUGGAAGGAAGUAUCCUUGCAAUUGCUUGCCUGAAUGCGAUCAAGUCUCGUUCUACUUGGAGGAAGAAGAUGUCAAGCCAAAUAUAUUAAAGAUUGGAGCGUCCGUGGAGUGUGGCAUACAGAAUUAUCCCCGAAUGCGGCUGAAGAGAGAUGUGAUCUUUGGGUUUGGUGAUCUCUGGGUGUCCAUUGGGGGCACAGGAGGCCUGUUCCUGGGCUGUAGCGUACUCAGCAUCAUUGAAAUAUUUUACUUUUUCACGAUCCGCCUUUUCAUCUACAUCUUGGAGAUCCGUCGCGGGACACGGCCAGUGCUCCAGCAAAAGCCAGGUGCAUUUUGAGAAUUACUAGAUCUGGUCAGUUUGUUUAUCGUUAAUGGGCUUCUGAGUCAUCAGGGUUCAACACGCUCUUACGAAAUGGAAUAGAAACAGACGACAACUGUCUAAACUGACAAUCCCACAGAAACCUAAAAUAAUAAAUGGAUUUGAAGAGUUCUGUCUUCUGGGUUGUUGUGCUGUGUAAUCCUGGUAGAAGUUUACUGACGUCUCCAUCAUUGCCCGGUUGACAGAGCCAGUAAGCACUUCUGAAACGUCGGUAAGUUCCUACCAGACCACUCGGCACAACAACCCAAAAGGCAGCCAUCUUCAAAUUCUUUUACAUAGUUCAUAGAAAUGCCUCAAAGUAUUACAUUAUAAUUUUUACUAAGUAAAAAUAAAAAUAAACUUUGUGUGUAAAGUGUAA